AUGGCCGAACAGGUUCUCGCCAAAUUCGAUUCGAACAGAUUCUUGUGGAAGGAGCUCCCAUCGGAGGGCAUCGUCUCUCGCAUUCUCGGAGGAGGAGAAUUCGUUCAGGACGUUUACAAUCGGCAUAUGAAGGGCGAGCAAAACCUCUUCAUUGGAGCGCAUGUGAACGUUUCUGCAACUAUCUCCCGGUCUCAAUUGACCAACUCUGCACGAGCUACGUGGCUGUGGUUGCGCUACCAUGUCCCCGCCAUCGCGACAUCUAUUGUUCCGGAUGACGAAGGAACUUCUUGUCUUGUCUACAAACCAGCCAACGAGGCGGAGGUCAAUGAGUGGGCCAACCGCACUUUCAUUGUCUCCCAACACCCACAAGCUGAUGUCGAGCCCCUCCGCCUGAAGCUAGGCGAGGAGAAGAUUCCAUCUAAAGACGGUCUCCAGACUUGGGCCCAUCUAGUCCUGACCCCAGGCAGCGACAGAGAGCCCGCUUCAAAGUUCGGCUUCCUCGUUCGCACCCAUCAUGCCCCAUUCGACGGUGUUGGGCUCAAGAUCAUGUUAAACCGCUACCUCAUCCAACUUGCCAAACAUUUGGGAUCUAGCGAUGUUCCACAGAGUCCCCUUCAGUGGGGAAGCGAGGCAAGUAACCUUGCCCCCGCCGUCUACAACGUCUUGUUGCCGUCCGUACCUCGCGCCAUCCCUCCAAAUUCGUCAGAGGAACCCAGUUUCGCCCACCCCUACUAUGGCACCAUGGGCGCAGUAUUGCAGUCAAUCGGCGAAGCGAUGAAGAUUCCUUAUGGCUUCAAACCUAGGCCGUCCGACUCAGGAUGGCCUUCACCAGGUCGAGAGGUUCUGUUCUUCUCUGCCUCCGAGUCAGCGCAGCUUCUUGCGUCGUUGAAACCCUCGGGGAAGGCGGAUGUCAGCAAAGCGUACACUCUGACUCAUCUCGCUCACGCUGCCCUCGCUAUGACGGUUAUGGCAGAUAAUCCUCCUACAGCCGACGCUGCCGGCCUAGUCCUUGGCAAUCUCCACUUGCGCAAUUGCCGCGAGUUUCUGAUUGAGCCUUACUCCUCUCGUGAUGGCUAUAGUGGUUACGCUCUCGGAGUCAGCCAUCUCUCAGUUCCCGUUUCCCUCUUCAUCGCAACCGAUGGAAAACCUGCGCCUUUGGAUAAGAAAACCCUAGUCAAAGCGAUGAACGCCGUCCGGGAUAGCUACGGGCAACAGAAGGCCCUCCCUGACCCCAUUAAUUAUAUGGGGCAGGCCUCUCUGAUUUUCAUGCAGAACAUCAUCGCUGGCGCGAAAGCGAACAUGUUACCCCCCAACAACUGCUACGCGUUCUCAAGUGACGGUAUCUCUGAAAAGCAGCUAGAUAACUCUUUCACAGACUCCUUGGGGAAAGCUGUCUUGGAGCUGUCCGACGUAUUCAUAUCUGUCAACCAUAUUGAACCAGCUCCAUUCUUCCGUAUUUCCUCUUGGAAGGGAAUCAUUGAGCUUGGUGCGGACUACAAUAAGAACUUGAUCUCAGCGGCGGAGGUCAAGAUUCACAUGGAAAACUGGAAGCGAUCGAUGCUGCUGGCGACAAAGCUAGAAGGCGGCGAUUAUUAG